AUGGCCGAAAUGCCCCCAAAACGACCUCGGCGCAUUUAUACUGAGGAGAGAAUGGCAACUGCCAUUAAUUAUAUCAUGAAAAAUGGCUUGUCUCAGUACCACGCUGCCCAAAAGUACGACAUACCUCAGCAGUCUAUUUCCAACAGACUCAAGGGCCAAUCAGCCCUGGCUGAUCAAAUCCAACCUCACCAACUAUUGAGUAAGACCCAGGAGGCUCUCCUGGUGUCCUGGUCCCGCAACUGGACCUCGUUUAUUGAAGCCAUCACUGCAGAUGGCCGCGCCCUUACUCCCGGAAUUAUUUUCAAGGGCAAAGAACUCCAGCAGCAGUGGAUGAAUGGAUGGCCACGUGCUUUUUGA